CAGGAAUUUCUUGACAACAGCUGUAUUGUCAACUCCAGACGCUGCUAAUUCAAGUGGAUCUCUUCAUUCUGGGUGGGAAAAGGGGUUUAAAUUUCAGCAUAAAAAGUAGCAAUUAUUGCAGGUGGCGUAUCUCAAGAAGAAAAUUGCAGACUUUGAAGCGAUGGAACAUUUGAGUUUCACGAACAUUUGAGUUUCACAGACAUUUAACUGACGAUUGUUCGCAAAGAAUUCCAUUUAUUAAUGGGAAAGGAAGUAUAUUUUAAACUCUACAUGGAUCUUCCUCUUUAACCAAAGGGGGCAAUGGAGUAGAGUAUACAAUGCUCAGGAGUAUGACGAACAGAGACACCAAACCGGGAAACCCUCCGGGAUGCCAAGACUGAACUUCAGAGAGAUCUGGCCACCACUUCCUCUCCCUGUCGGUGCGAAUACAAACACAGCGAAUCGCAGCAGAGUUGCCAAGUCAUGUGACGACGAUUGCCAUUAGAGAUCAGCUGAUUAAAGAAAGGAGCAGGAGCAUGGGAUCGAGCGUGGGUUUUUUGCUGGCUAUUACCUUCUGUUUGUACUCGUCAAGUUCAUCGAGAACAUUUCAGAUUGAUUAUGACAAUGACUGUUUCCUGAAGGAUGGUAAACAUUUCCGCUAUAUUUCGGGAAGCAUGCACUACUCUCGUGUACCUCGAUACUACUGGAAGGACCGCCUGAUGAAAAUGUACAUGGCAGGAUUGAAUGCUGUUCAAACAUAUGUGCCAUGGAAUUAUCAUGAAAUUGCACCUGGAAAAUAUGACUUUACUGGAGACCGAGAUUUAGGAGCCUUUUUAAAGUUGGCCAAUGAUGUUGGCUUGUUGGUCAUCCUACGAGCUGGCCCCUAUAUUUGUGCUGAAUGGGACUUGGGUGGUAUUCCUGCCUGGCUGUUACAGAAAGAUUCAAUUGUUCUCCGAUCUUCAGAUCCAGAUUAUCUCAAGUAUGUUGACAAAUGGAUGAGUGUUCUCUUGCCCAGGAUGAAACAAUUUCUGUAUCAGAAUAAUGGACCAAUUAUUGCUGUACAGGUGGAGAAUGAAUAUGGCACCUACUUUGCCUGCGACCAUGAUUAUAUACGACACUUAUUAAAGCUCUUUCGGUACUACCUGGGAAACGAGAUUAUUCUGUUUACAACGGAUGCCGCAAGCAUACCAAACCUCAAGUGUGGCUCUUUGCAAGGGAUGUAUGCAACUGUAGAUUUUGGUGCAGGUGGAAAUGUAACUAACCACUUUCGUGCUCAAAGGCAUGCAGAACCCCAUGGGCCACUGGUAAAUUCUGAGUUUUAUACUGGAUGGUUGGAUCACUGGGGUCAGAAACAUUCUAUGGUUAGGAAGGAGAUUAUUGCUCAAUCACUGGAUGAAAUUCUUGCCUUUGGAGCUAAUGUUAACAUGUACAUGUUUGAAGGCGGAACAAAUUUUGCCUAUUGGAAUGGAGCAAACUCUCCAUAUCAGCCACAGCCAACAAGCUAUGAUUAUGAUGCCCCCCUGUCAGAAGCAGGAGACCCAACAGAAAAAUACUUCGCCAUUAGGCAAGUUAUUGGCAAGUACAAUAAGUUGCCCAUUGGUCCUGUUUUACCAGCAACCCCAAAAUUUGCAUAUGGAAUGGUUGAAGUUAAAAAGUUACAGAGUGUUAUAGAAUUGAUUAGGUUGCUCCAAAUUUCUGCCCCUGUCAAGUCAAAAUAUCCAUUGAAAUUUGUUGAAAGAAUCAGGUGAUAUUUUGGAUACAUGCUUUAUCGAAGUAUCCUCCCAAUAAGUUGCAGUCAGCCUACUGUGCUGGCAUCACCCUUGAAUGGGGUUCAUGACAGAGCCUACGUCAUGGUGAAUGGGGUAUUUCAAGGUAUUCUAGAAAGAAAUAAAGUCACUUCGAUAAACAUCACUGGUCAAGCUGGAUCACAACUUGAUAUAUUAGUUGAAAACAUGGGCAGAAUAAAUUUCGGCAGAUACAUCAAUGACUGUAAGGGUUCUGGUAACAAAUCUUACUUGGCUUCAAAAAUCCUGACUAACUGGACUGUUUACUCAUUAAAUAUUGAUGAAGCUGUAUCAAAUGGCCUCUUAAAAAGCUCCAGAAACUUCCAGGGCUCAAUUCUACAAACUGAUGUGAAUGUGCCAUCCUUUUACUUGGGUUCCUUUGUGAUUCCAAGUGGGAUUCCUGACCUGCCUCGAGAUACGUUCCUUAAAUUUCCAGGAUGGACUAAGGGUCAAGUGUGGAUCAAUGGCUUCAACUUGGGUCGCUACUGGCCAGCUAGAGGGCCCCUCACACUGUAUGUUCCUGCUCAUAUUCUGAGUACAUCUGCUGUUAACAACAUCACUGUGUUGGAGUUGGAGAAGGCACCUGCAGAAGAGAGCAGAAUGUUUUGUGCUGUGGAAUUUGUGGAUACACCUAUACUGAAUGGUACCACAGCUUAUACCAAUGUAGACAGUGACCUUUUCAGAAAUAUUCCUGGCAUCAUUGAAUUAAAUAUUUAAUAUGGUUCUUCUAAAGCAAAGGGUCAGUGGGUGAGGAGAAACAGUGAAAAUAAUGAUUUUUAACAGCAGCAGCUGCUGUUUUGCUUCAGCUUUGCAAAUUCAAUUUGGUGGCAAAUAACCAACAUUGAAAGCACACAGCCAUUUGGCCAGGUUGAUUAAAUAAAGAAGGAAUUUAAGGAAAGAUCAAGAAAUGAAUAUCUCAAAGGUGUAGAUCUUUCCCUCUGCUUGAAACUGGUGACAGUAGCAGUGAGCCUGUGGAAGUCUUUUGCUGGAGAAGAAGGUAAUCCUGGGGAAACAAGAUUCUUGAGAAAGAAACUUGCUUUGAGGUGAUCACAGUCACCAAUAUUAUUUUGGUUUAAUUAAUGUUUAUCAAUGUUUGAUUUAAUACAUUCUUUGGAGAAAAUCAGGGUGUGAUACAACUUUAUUGAUGAUUGUAAAUAGAAAAUAAAUCCUGACUAUGAUCAACCAUGAA